AUGGCCGGUUAUGAUCCUAAGGCUUCUGCGCGGGCUUUGGCCAUGAACAGGCGGGCUUCUUGGUUAUAUGCCUGUGCCUUUGGCGGAUUGAUCCUUAUCUUCGUUUUAGCAAACUUUGGGAGAUCUCUAUUUCAACUUCAGACUAGACGAGGUACACUGGCAAAAAGCCUUGCUGCUCCGUUCAGGGCUUUCCGGCAGGUAUUCCUCCGGAAACUUCCUAAAGUUUCCUCCGGAGGACAUCUCCUUCUGAUCUUGGUUUAUUGUGGACUUAAUGCCGCAAUCACGUUUUACGAUGUGGGAUUUGAGGGGAAAAGUCCUUAUUCCCUCUUUGCAAAGAGGUGUGGCUGGUUGGCCGUAUGCAAUGCUGCCCUUGCAUUCCUCCUGUCAAUGAAGAAUACGCCCCUUGCAUAUAUGACUGGUAUCUACACCGCCACUCUCACUAUGAGCCAUAACCUGAAGAAGAUGAGGGAGGACGAGAUGAUUUAUGGCUGGGUCGCUUUUGUGGCUUUCAACAUAAUCUAUGCGAGUUCCCUUCAGUUUAUUCGUCGUCGGUUCUACGAGGCGUUCUACCUUAUUCAUGUUGUGAUGUUUGUCGUGUCUGUGGUUUUCCUCGGACUUCACAAGCCACAAAAGUUUGGGCAAGCGAUGAUUGGUGUCGGCAUUUUCUGGUGCUUUGAUAGGCUCAUUCGCACCGCACGUCUCAUCUACUACAGCUUCAACAACAAAGCUACUUUGGUACCUCUUUCGGGUUUGGCAACCAAAGUGAUCUUUGAAAAACCUAUCAAUUGCCAACCAGGCUCUCAUGCUUUCAUCUCAAUUCCUAGCAUUCGGAAGCUUCAGUCGCAUCCGUUUACGAUAUCCUCGUCCGACAGGAUUGAGUUUGUCAUUCGUGCUCAGAAGGGAUUCACUCUGGAUCUCCACAAGCAUGCAUUGAAGAAUCCAUACAAGCAGAUCAAAGCCUACAUCGAUGGGCCCUAUGGCGCUGUGCCCGACUUCAAAAGAAUGAACAAAGUAGUUCUUUUCGCCGGUGGAAGUGGUGGCGCAUUCUCGUUCCCUAUCGCGAUCGAUAUCAUUCGGAAUAUCGAUCGUAUCGCGGUUACACACAUGGAGUUUGUAUGGGUGAUACGUGAUGAACGUCACUUGACGUGGUACGAAGAAGAGAUCAAAGAGCUCACACAGUGCCCGAUAGUCAACCUUAGCAUUUACGUCAGCUCCAAGACGGAUCCCAUCGUAACAAGCCAGCCAGUCGAAGAAGCGACGGCGGUGGAGAACGAUGUUCGACGCUCCCUCUACCUUGAUCUUGACGGCGAUGAGACCGAGCCAAGUACUCCUGAUGAGGAUGCCAUUGAAACCAGCUCUGACCCAAUCGCUGAAGCCCUCGAGAAGGAGCUGGGAUUCGGGAAGGACCACAUUGAAGCGCUGCAGAAGGAGCUUGGAAUCGGAACGCUUGGGACACAGGAAGAGCUGGUCCGUGACAAGCGCAUCUCCAAACGGCUGUCCCAGCGGUACUCUGCCAAUCUGGAGGCGCAGAUUGACCAACGGCCAAUGUCCUACAUCGAGACCAUGAGCGGCAGGCCCGACCUGACGGCUCUGAUCAAGGGGAUUGUGAAGAAUGCUGAGCAACGUGACACUGUUGCUGUUGGAGCUUGUGGACCGACGGAGCUUAUGCGUGUCGCGAGAAAUGCCGUUGCUGAUAGCAUCACCCUUACUGGUCCUAGUGUUACUCUUCACUGCGAACAGUUUGGUUGGGGUUAG